UAAGUUUUGAAUUUUUGUGUAUUAACUAAUCGGCGACAACAAAAAUUUUUGAUGAGUUGGCUAUUAAGUGCGUGGCGCAAAUGUUGCGCCUUUGCCUUGACACCGCUUUCCCUAAACCGGCGAGUCCGGUUCUCCCCCAGCACCCUGGCCUCUGACCGAGAACGUACAAUUCGCAAUAUUGCUUCUCCCGUGCCCUUCCAGAACUUUCUCAACGAGGUCCGUCUUGUGGCCCUAGAUGAUAUGGGUAAGGAGCGAAUGUCGUUGCGCGAGUCCUCGAUGAUGCGCAGGUCUGCCAGUCGCCUCUGGGCGAUCAUGCCCGAACACAAGAAGAAUCGAUAUCGCGAACUGGCAGCGAACUCCGAACGUACGCGCACUAUUUUGCUUCGGGCCAAGAGCAAGGCCAAUCUAAAUGAUAUGCGUAAAAUAGAGAUGACGCAGGUUCACAAAUACCCAACUGCUCCUCCCCCAAAAAUUGACGAGCCGGUAUGCCAGUCCACCAGCUUGGACCUACAAGCGCAUAUAGAAGAUCUAAUGGCACCGCCAGUAAAAGAGUGGAUAAAUGAAAACUACGAUGAGUAUGGCGUUGACCAUAGCCAAUGGGUGGUGGGGGGUGACCAUUAUCGCCACUCACGCUCUCGUGAGAGAGUAAUCCCAAAACAAAUGGUAGAACCCUUCCUAAGUUCCAAAAGGUCGUCAUCUUUUCAGCCCCUGAAACGAACACCAAGCCCCAUGCCCAUCCUGUCUCGACGUGCCCAGAAGCGCAAGCAUCCAUCUAACUCCGAUUUAAAGUUAAUCGCAGACAGCGAUACAAAGAAGGGCUCAAAACUACAGAAAAGGAGCAGCAGUGACAGCGCAAGCUCCAACAUAUUUAAGGCCAUAGUCAGUAGAACCCCGGCAAACAAAUCACGAUCUAAGAGAAGUGGCAGUUCCAUUUUGAUAAGACAACGCAGCAAGGAUGGGUCCACUAACUUGAGCCCUGAAAAGCCGAUGAUAUCACCGACCAGGCAACCAGUACAACAAAGAUUCAAUAGGGAAGAUGCAGUGGGUCGCAAAAAGCGACGAACGAAGCGAAGGCCAAAGAGCAGUUUGAAGAGCAACCCACCAACUCCUAAACGCAGUGGUAAUCACAUUAUCCAACCAAAGCCUAAGGCUACAUCUAGGCCAAGUUUAGAAGACACAAUCAGGGAGACGAUUCUCUCAUAUCCGUCCAGAAAAAAGCGCACCAGCCAUAAAAAGCUGAAGUCCGAAUUAGAAUUCAUGUAUCAGUAAUUAUUUGCAAUCCUAAAUCAUACGAUGUAAACCAAUAAAAUUUUUUCGUUUUAAGUACAA